GAAUAACCAUUGUAAAACGAGCGAGAUUAUUUUCAUGAGGUCGUGGUAAGAGCACGCACUGUGCAGACGUAUAAAAGGUGUACGUCUGCAGGAAUCCGGCACACAUCUAACAGCAUGAGGGCCACAGUAGCAGCUCUUGUCUUGUGCCUUGCGGUGUCCAAGUGCACCAGCCAAACAACAGAGCCAGUUCCGCCAUCGACUGGUCUGCCGCCCCCUGAGCCGACUGGUACUGACCUGCCACCGCCAGAACCCACUGGCACUGACCUGCCGCCGCCAGAACCCACUGGCACCGACCUGCCACCGCCAGAACCUACUGGCACUGACGCGCCACCGCCAGAACCAACUGGCAGCGAGCAGCCACCACCUCCUCCCAGUACUGAGGCCCCCGCACCUCCCGCAGAGCCGACGACGGCGCCUCCAGCUUCUCCCCCACAGAGAACCCCUGCUGGUGGGCGCGGCCGCCGUCCAUCUGGUGACCGCUUUGGCUUUGGGCCAGGUUUCGGCACCGGCUUCUUCCCAGGAUUCCGCCAGCGCUUUCCUUCCUUCAACACUGGAUUCUUCCCAGGAUUCAAUGGCAUAUUUCCAGGCAUCAGGCCGGGUUUCUUUCCUGGCUUUGGACGCUAAAGAUUAUUCCAUCGACUACUGAAGUUCUGUACGCAAUGCUGUUAAAAAUUAUGAGUCAUUAAAGAAGCAAUGAAAAAUUAA